UUCUGUCCCCGCCCCUCGCCGUGACACGGCUCCUCCCGCUGCCAGGUGUUGUGUCCGUACCGUCUGACGGUCAGAGCUCCACAUUAACGGUCUUAGUGAUGCCCGGGACUAGCUAGGUACCUCACUAUCUCUCUUUGGGACCUGGAUUCCGCCUAUUUAGCGAUUGACGUGCGAAAGGAACUCCUCAAGACCCGAGCAUCACGGCAACCAGGAUGAAGAUGGACCGGAGGAUGAGGGUGGAGGUGUCGUAAUAAACCCGCCGGUGGAGAACGGCUAGCAUCGAGCUAGCAGCUAGCGGCUAGCUGUCAGUCUGAAACUCUAGUGUCUGUCAUGGCCGGGCUGAUCAAGAAGCAGAUCCUGAAGCAUCUCUCCAGGUUUGCUAAGAACCUGUCCCCAGACAAGAUCAACCUGAGCACGCUGAAGGGGGAGGGGCAGCUGACCAACCUGGAGCUGGAUGAGGAGGUGCUGCAGAGCCUGCUGGACCUGCCCACCUGGCUGGCCAUCAACCGGGUGGGCUGCAACAAGGCCACCAUCAGGAUACCAUGGACAAAACUCAAGACCCACCCCAUCUCGCUGACUCUGGACAAGGUGGUGAUGGAGAUGAGUACCUGCGAUGAGCCACGCCCACCCAACGGACCAUCGCCCAUAGCAACCGCCUCCGGACAGAGUGAGUACGGCUUUGCGGAGAAGGUGGUGGAGGGCAUGUCUCUGUCCAUCAACUCCAUCGUGGUGCGGAUCAGCGCCAAGGCCUUCAACGCCUCCUUCGAGCUGUCCCAGCUGCAGGUGUACAGCGUCAACACCUCCUGGAGCCUGAGCGACCUGCGCUUCACCCGCAUCACCGACCCCCAGCGGGGCGAGAUCCUGACCUUCAAGGAGAUCAGCUGGCAGAUGAUCCGCAUCGAGGCGGACGCCAUCCAGAGCGCCGAGCACGAGAUGCUGAGCGCGCCCAUCAGGCUCAUCACCAACCAGUCCAAGAUCAGGGUGACCCUCAAGAGACGGAUGAAGGACUGCUACGUGGUGGCCUCCAAGCUGGUGCUGAUCCUGGACGACCUGCUGUGGGUGCUGACCGACUCCCAGCUCAAGGCCAUGGUCCAGUACGCCAAGUCGCUUAGCGAGGCCAUGGAGCGAUCGGCCCAGCAGAGGAAGAGCAUGGCCAGUGAGGAGCAGGGGUCGUCUCCGCCCCCCACCCAGCAGGUGCGGACGGCGGCGUCCUCGGCCGCGGCGGACCAGACGGCGAGCAUGGCGCGGCUGUUCAGCGCCUACGACGUGUGUGAGACGUCCCACCACCUGCAGAUCACACACCUGGACCUGCACAUCUGUGACGACACACACUCCCCGGACAAAGUGAGCAACAAGCGGCUCACGGGUGGAGCGAUGCAGCUGUCCUUCAGCCUCAUCACCCUGGAUUACUACCCCCUUCACCGAGCAGGUGACAGCUGUCUCCACUGGAUGCACUACUCUGAGGCCACCAAGGCGAGGGAAGGCUGGGCUCGCUCUCUGCUGGACGAGUUCAAGGUCAACGUGGAGUUGCUGAAAGGCGUCGUCAGAGACCAGCAGGGGCCCAGCGCCGCCCAGGGGUCACCCCAGCACGGUAAGAUCAGUACCGGCUCCACCUCCUUCUCUCCUCCUCCUCCCCAGAGUCCCAAGACUCAGCUCAUGUCCAGCUCUGUGGUUCUGCGCAUGGCCGACUUCUGCAUCUACCAGGUGUCUACGGCGGACCAGAGGCGCUCCAGCCCCAAGGCGAUGGUCUCGUGCAACAAGAAGACCCUCUACCUGCCCCCCGAGAUGCCCGCCGUCCACGUGGAGUUCACCGAGUACUACUUUCCCGACGGGAAGGAUUACCCCAUCCCGUGCCCCAACCUGUACGUGCAGCUCAACGCCCUCCAGCUGGUGCUGGACCCCGGCAGCCUGGUGUGGCUCAACCUGUUCGCGCUGGACCUGCGCCAGAGCCUGGAGCAGUUCAUGGACCUGUACAAGCUGGACGCCUCGCAGAAACCCGACGAGCACGUGGACAUCAAGGUGGACGGCCUCAUGCUCAAGCUGGUGGUCCCCACAGAGCGGGACGCCUCCUACCCCCCCGACCUCCCGCGCUCCGUGUCGGUGCAGACCUCGGAGAUGGUGGCCACCAACACGCGCCACCACCCGUCCUGCGGGCGCACCCACCUGCAGGCCCUCCUGACCGCCUUCCAGCAGGAGGCCUUCUUCUGCUCCUCCUCCGGCCACGCCUUCCCCCGCGGCGGGCCCUCCCCCUCCGACCAGGGCCCCUCCUUCGACCUGCUCCACCCCGCCUUCUGGCGCCACGCCCAGGAGCGGGACACGCCCCUGAACGGCGUCUACGCCGGCACGGGCGGCCCGGCCGCGCUGAGCGGCCACGCCCUGCGGCCGGCGGCGGCGGCCGACGUGUGGGCGCUGCACUUCGCCCAGUUCUGGGUGGACUACGAGGGGAAGGGGCGGCGGCCUCAGCCCUUCGUGGACUCCUUCCCGCUGGCCGUGUGGGCGUGUCAGCCCGGCGGCGCCCCGCCCCCCCGGCCGGAGGCCAGCCUAUCACGGAGCGGCUCGGAGGAGGCGCUGGGCCGGCUGCAGAGGAAGCGGCUCCUGAAGGAGUACUACAGCACCGAGGGGGGGGCGGAGCCCGGCGCCGGCCCCGCCCCGCCCCCCAGCAACGGGCUGCAGGAGCCCCGCGACCCCACCUCCGCAGACGUGCACGUGCUGGUGCACGUGCAGAAGCACUUAAGCGCCCAGGUGAGCCACCGUCAGUACAUGUUCCUGAUGCGCCUCCAGCGCAGCCUGAAGGCGCUGCAGCAGACGCUGCAGACGGACCUGGAGGCCAUGGGCUCCAAGAGGGACCGCAAGGACCAGCGCUCCACCUCCACCUCCAGCCCCUCCACCCCCACCCCCCCCACCCCCAGCAGCCCCCCCGGGGACCCGGACCCCCGGCUCUUCGGCGUGUGCCUGGGCCUGCUGCUGCGCAGCGCGGAGGUGGCCCUGCUGCUGCAGCCCGUGGCCCCCCAGGGCGGGGGCUCGAGCUCCUCCCUGGGCUCGGAGCUCUCCCCCUCGGAGAGCCGCGGCACCCUGGGGCCGGGCAGCGACGGCGGCGGGGGCGAGGCCUGCGGCGUGGACCAGAUGCUGUGCGGAGGGGCGCCGGAGGGCGGGGGCACCGCCCCCCUCCUCCUCCCCACCGCCGCCCGCCCCGCCCCAACGGACCCCCAACGCCGCAAGGCCUCGCUGGAGGAGCGCGGCCAGGGGGGGCGGAGCUUCGACGACGGGGGCGUGGCCGACGGUCUGACCGGGGGGGAGGAGCAGGACCCUCUGGACCCCACCCCCAAGAUGCCCCAGUCCGUGUCCAGUGGUCGGCUGAUGAAGGAGCGGUCCCAGUCCAGCUUCUCCGUCUCCUACAAGACGGUGAAGAAGAGUCCGUCGCUGCAGUCCCUGGACAACAUCUCCAUAGACAGCUACCUGAUGGAGGACACCGACCUGGAGAGAGACGACGUGUCCAUCUCGGGCUUCAAGGACACGGUGAGUGAGCAGAGCACCACCGAGAGCGCCAACGAGGCUGCCAUCGGUGCAGAGCAGGAGGGGGGCGUGUCCCCGGACACGGUCAGCGCCGCCUCCCAGAGCAUCGACGAACCCACCAAGGACCUGGUGUCGGUGCUGGUGCUGAAGGUGGAGGCGGUGUGCGGGGCGGUGGCGGUGGAGGGCGACAGCACGGCCGUGGCCCUACAGGUGGGCCAGGUGCGGCCCAGCCAGCUGGGCAACAUCAGCCUGAGGCAGUACCUCAGCAACCGCAGCCUCGGUAUGGUGUGUUCAGUACCUAUACCUGCUGCUCAGAGCACACCAGGUGGUGGUGGCCCUGUGGAGGUAGAACCGCCGGGCCCCCGCGGGCCCCCUGAGGUCCAGGCCCGUCUGGAGAGCGGCCCCUGCGCCGCCGCCCGCUCCCCGCUGGCCGAGCGCAGCGGUUUCCUGCAGCUGCGUCUCCACGGUUACCGCGGCGGCUUCCUGUCGUCCACGCUGCAGAACCUCGCCCACUUCCUGGAGGACAAGUCGGCACCGCAGGUCCUGCCCCUGGAGAUCAGCGUCAGGGACACACACGUGGACCUCAAGGAUGAUAGUGCACGUGACAACCCGUCGGAGCCUGAGCCCAACCCCAUCAGCGUGCACGUGGACCGACUGCUGAUCCACAGGAGAGAUGACGGCUCCUUCUCUAUAGGAGUGGACACCGCAGACGAGUCCAAAGUGCGGCCGUUGAUUGACUGCCCUCUGAGUCCGGUUCCCGAGACAGUGGGUGUGUUCCAGGGAGUUGCCAUGGCGACUCAGACGCAAGCCCCACCCACUUGCAUCCCGAUCCAAUCAAACCAUGAAAAGAUGCUGGUGGAGGAGAACGAGUGUCUGAAGGUGGAGCUGUCCAGAGCCAAGAUGGCGCUGGCGGAGGCCCAGAUGGAGAAGGACUCGCUGCUCCACCAGAUGAGGAACCUGAAGAUGACCAGCUAGAGCCAAGCUCCUACUCAUCAUCAUCCUCCUCUCCGUCCUCCCUAACAUGCUCCGCCCUCUCCCACCUCCUCACCCCCCCUCCCUGUCAUCCAUCCCAAACCCCCCCCCCCCCGUCAUCCCCCAAAACCCCCAUCCUUGUCAUCUUCCCCCCCAAGUCGGUGUGGCCGCGGCCCGCAGUGAUCAACCACGGCCACCAGAGGGUGCCAGCGUGAAACAAAAUGCUGACUAACGCAACAUUCACAAGCAAAGUCACCAGAGAAGCAGGGGGCCGGGUGCUUACCUAAGGGCCACACAUCCAGUCCCCCGGCCAGACCCUGUCCCCACUGGACCGACCCUGUCCAGUCCGCUGGGACCCUGAACUCGUUUUGGUCUCCAGAAGGACUUCAUUUCGGUCCUUUGUCUGCUUGUUUUGGACCUUUCUUUUAAACCGUCUCUGUUGAGAAGGUUCCAAAGUGACUUGAGAACCCUGGAGACAGACACGUCUCUAAGAGGCACUUCAACAAGGGAACACUUAUUUUGCACAGCACUAAAAAUGUACCGCGAGGGGUCAGGGGUCAGAGAGCUUUUAGUUGUUUUAACAGUGACUAUGGAUGAUGGUGCUUAUAGUAAACGAAUGUGGAAAAACACCUUUAACCCAGGUGUGUGUGUGUGUGUGUGUGUGUGUGUGUGUGUGUGUGUGUGUGGGGGUGGGGGUGUGUUUGUUUGGCGGCAUUUCGUUGCAACAAGAACAAAAUAACAAAAGUAUUUCCAGUUUCUAGAUUAGCGCCUUCCUAGAUCGGUGUUUCAUGCUAUCCCCCCGCCCCCCUCCCUGCACUAUCAGUGUCCAAUAGACAGCUGCCUGUUGACUUCUCAACCAACCAAUGACGAACAAGCGUAGAGAGCGAUGAGACUGAGGGGGCGGGGCCUCAUCCUCUCAAGAGUUAUUUAGUAAGACACACCCCCUCCUUGAUGCUGCCUAGAUACACUGUGUGUGUGUGUGUGUGUGUGUGUGUGUGUGUGUGUGUGUGUGUGUGUGUGUGUGUGUGUGUGUGGAUAAUUGGGAAGCAGGCUGCGCUGCUGCUGCUGCCUUGUGCCCAUGAGCAGGACCUGGAUGGGCCUUCUGUCCCAACGGCCCAAUGGGAGAGACCGGGGGGGGGGGGGGGGGCGGCGUCGCCAUGUGCUUAGUCUUUCCAAAGUGUGCUCGCUAAACUGUUUGUCUAGUGACUUGGCUUCUCAACGCGACCCCCCCACAGUACACCCCUUCUCCUGCUGGGGUCUGGAUUCCGGUACUGGGGUCCGGUACUGGGGUCCGGUACUGGGGUCCGGUCCAGGGGCGUCUCCCCCCCCCCCCCCCACCCCCCCCCCCCCCCCCCCCCCAUCACCGCGGCGGCAAUAAAAUAAAAACGGGAAUGUGCGGUCGAGUUAGAUUGUCUACGCCUGAUUGUAUGUAGUCUCUUAGCUUUUGUUUUCUUCUGCAGUGUGAUGAGGGUGGUGUCGAGGUUGGUAUGGUGGACGGGGCGAGGGAGAGGCUUUCCCUUCACAAGCUCCGCCCCUCGUCAUUUGAGCCUCCACCCCCUCUGAGACUAAAAACACUUGAAUUAAAAACGGAUGUUGUCUGUCAGCUGCUGAGAUAUUGGUGGAAAUAAAAUGUUCUAAGAUUUAA